UUUUAAUUUAUUAUAAUCAUCACCAUUGUUUAUUUUCCUGUGUUUUUUAUUUUCUAAAUCAGUUAAACAUGAAACUCUCCACCGCAUGAUUGUUGAUACAAUUAGUAAAACUUCUGUAAACCUUUCAAUGGUUUGUUAAUACCUUCUUUCAAUACCAUGUCUAAGACACUGGAAGACAACAAGGAUAAGGAUAAGGAUAAGGAUAAAUAUACUGGGUUGUGUGAAGAAGAAAUAGUUGAUGGAUUUGCAAUAUUCUCCUUUCUUACUUACACCGAUUUAGAAAAAACUGUUAAAGAACAAGAAGAAGCUCUUGAAGAUAAAAAUAUUGUUACAAAUAAUAAUUCAAAUAGUAAAGGUAAAGAGAUUGAUGGUUGUAACAACAAGAAGACAUCAAAUAUAACUGGUAAAAGUGCCUCAUCCGGUGGAACUGUUCAAAGGAAUCGUUCAAAGAAGAAUCAUUCAAAUAAUAAUAAUCAUAAAGAUGGUAAUAACAAAGAGAGCAAAAAGUCAUCAAUUGUCGGUAAAGGAUUGUCUGGCUUAACAAGUACUCAUCACCAUCUUAACCAUAAUCAUCAUAACAACACAAAUCAUCAUCACUCCAAGUCAAUUGGUAAAAAUAAAGAGAGCAAAGAUAAAGUUAAUUUAAAUAACCAUCAUCACCUUAACAAUUCAAAUAAUGUUAAACACAAUAUGAGUUCAUCAGAAGGUAAAAAGAAGCAACAUGUAACAUCUUUAACCUCAUCUCCUGGUAAUGGAAGCUCAGAGGUUACCUCGAUUAAUGGACCAGGCAACAUCACUGGUCAUUCAGAUGAUAAAAGUGAACCUGAAAAGGCACGUAAACAAGGUCGAGAACGAGAUGAAAGCAGUUGUCUAACCGGUAGUAAUGCCACUUCAACCGCCUCUACAAAUGUUAUCACUAAUACUAAUAAUAAAGAUAAAUUGAACCUUUCCAAAGCUUGCCAUGUCAACAAUAUCAACAAAAAUAGUGUUAAUUUGAAACAUGGUAAUCAUUCAAUUAACAAGUCCAAAUCAUCGUCAACCGCAAAUAACAGUAAUAACAGUUCAACCAUUUUAUCAUCAACACCUUCUGGUAAGGGUAAAUCAUCAAAUAAAAUUUGCCAUGACAAAUCAUCUAAAAUUCAUGAUGCUCUUUCACCAGUCUCGGGAUCAUCUUCAUUAUCAUCUUCAUCUUCAUCAGCCACGACAACAACAACAACCAAUAUUGUUACACCAAUUGGCACAAUGAGUUCAGUAAAGCACAGCUUAAAAUCAAGUUCUCAUGUGGAUAAAGGUUGUAAAGCUAGUCCACCAUCAAAGAUGAAAAAGAAAUCACAGUCAAUGACCGAUGAAAAUCAUAAGAAGAAACUUGAAUCAAUUGGUGAUGAAAGUGAAUCUAAUCGUUCCAUUGAUGGAUUCAAAAAGAGUUCAAAAAAUCCAUCUUCUGGUGGAUUAAAAAGCAAUCGAGGACAACAAAACAAUACUGAAUCUAGUAAGAAAAGUCAUAAAGAGGUUAAAAGUCGGAAAACGUCUCAUUCAAAAGACAAGGAUAAAAGUGGACAAUGCAAAUCAAAUGGACAUCUCAAGGAGUCUAAACUUUUCGACCAAUCGAAAGAAAGUCAAUCCAAAAGUUACAAUGGGACAACAGGGUUAUCAACUCCUUCUUCAUCAUGUCGAGGUCGAUCUCCCAUCAACACUUCAUCCGAUGAAAUUUGUGAUACCAAAAGUGUAACUAUUGUCGCCAAGCGUACCAAAAAGAGGAAACUGAAAGAACGGGAUAAAAGUAGUAAUAACAUCAAGUCUGAGAGUUCAUAUCUUAAAGAUUGUGCAUUAAACAGUGGAAGCAACGGCAACACUGGAAAUUCUGGAAUCGCUAAUCACAAAGAUAAACACGGUGCUCUUACCCAUCACUAUUCAAUCAGUAAAUCAUCCUCUGUACCAAGCGACAAUCUUAAUCCAACCGUUGUACUAACUGCUACAACAACAGCAAUAUCACUUAAUAAAGGUAAAUCGUCUGUCAAAAGUUAUCACAGUAAAUCUAUGAAAACACAUAGAGUAGGUAACUCAUCAUGUUCAUCACAAUUAACAGGUAAACAUGGAUUAAAGGCCAGUAAUAGUCAUCUCAAUGAUAAAUCACCAGAUUGUCAACCGAAAAAGAUUAAAAAGAAAUCAAUAUCUUCACCAAAAUCUCAAGAGAAUCAAAAGAAACAAUCUAAAGCUGUACUUUCCAAAACGACUUCAUCCAAUACCUCUAAAGCUUCUCCAUCUUCUUCAUCUUCGUCCUCUUCUUCGUCUUCACUUUCCUCUCUCUCAUCGUCCUCAUUAUCUUCCUCUUCUUCCUCACUAUCUUCAACCAAUUCAACGUUAAGUGGAGUAAAAUCAACACCAAUCACUUGUACACCAACAGCUUUGUCUACAUCCAAAGUAACUUCAACAGCAAACUCAAUCAGUAUUCAGGUUGAUGGUGAAUCAAUUGGAUGUGAAAGCAAAUUUAUCAAUGAUCGUGAAAAUAAGCCUAAACAUCAUUCGGUUAAAGAAUCAGUUAAGAAGGAAAAAGCGGAAAGUUUAAUUUCAUCUGUUAGUAAAAGUAUUAAAUUGUCGUCUUCAUCUUUAUUCUCAUCUAAAUUAUCAAUGGAUAAUACUCUGAAUCCAUGCAUGAUGGAAAUAUCGUGUGAAAAAGGAUCUGAAAAUUGUGAGAAAACAUCUUCAUCGCCAUCAACAACAACAACCACAACAACAAUAAUUACAACAACCACUUCAACAGUAAAAAAUCAACCUGAAAGAUAUUCACAGUCAAAUUUAAGCUCGCCUUCAGCAACACCAGCAAAAAGACGGCGAACCUCAUCUUCGACUAAUGACCAUUCUAAACCAGCUAAAAGCAAUUUAAAUCAAGAGCAAAAAUUAGAUGAAACAAUUAAUAUAAAUACCAACAAUGGUAAAAGUGUUGGUAAAAAUAUCAAUAACAACAAUAUCAGUAACAAUAAGAAUACUGUUAACAGUAACAAUACCAGUAGUUAUGAUAAACAUAAUGAUAAAUCUGUUUCUUCUAAUCGUCAAAAUAACAAGGUUAAAAGUGAUAAUGUUGAAAGUAAAUCAUUGGCAAUCAUUACUCCUGUAACAACGAGUGAUUCAGUUUCAACCGAAUCAACAACAUUCUCAACCAAAGUAUUAAAUGCAUGCGAUUCAUCUGAAGAAUCGCAACUCUCUUCAGUUAAACCAAGUAAACCAGUAGAUCCUUCAGUAACAGAUUCAACAAAAUCUGUAGUAAUCACAACCACGACAACAACAACAACAACAACGACCACCACAAAAUCAUCCGUGUUAUCAUCGGAAAGUUCACUGGAAACUGUAACCACAAAUUCAACAACAAUGAAUGUCCACUGCGAGUCUAAAGAAGAUGAGAGUAAAAUUGAUAAAAAUGUAAAUAGUAUUGUAAUUAAAGAAGAGAUGCGAUCUAAUCAAAUGGAUGAAUGUGAUGAUGAUAAUGUUAAUGACUUGAAAAAGCAGGAAUUAUGUUCAUCAGAUUCAACCGAUUCCACUGCAAUCAAUGAUACAAAAUGUAAUUCAAUUAUUGCAUUAAGUUCAAGUGAAUCUUCAAAUGGUGAUUCAGUGAAUAUUGAAAAACUUGGACCUUGCUCGGUUCCAGUGUCGCCUAGUUUACCUUCAAAGCCACCGACCACAGAAUCAUCAGCCUCAUCGUCAUCCAAUGAAAAAUGUGUCUAUCAAACGUCACCUUCAAUGAGUGAUGAAAACUUGUCCAAGCGUGGUUUAACCAACAUUGCUAGUAAAAAAUGUGAUCCUGUAAAUAAUAGUUGUAACAUAAACUGUGCCAGUUCUAACACCAAUUCCAAUAGUAGCGAUAACAGUAUUAGCAGUAUUAGUAAAACAAUUGACACAACUAAUGUUAGUAAUAGUAUUAGUGAUACCAAUAGUAAUAGUAAAGACCAAUUUAGUAAUGUUAAUCCAUUGAUGUCAACUAGUGUGACUAAAAGUUCAUCAAAAUUAUCAACCUCUACUCCAAAGAUGAAACCUGCUGAAGCAGCAAUAAGCUUUAAAUUGGAUAAUCUUUUGAGUGGAGUUCCACCUUCAAAAUCACCGUUUUGUGUACGGAGUCCUAAUUCAAGUCUAAUGCCUAGUUUUACAACACCACAACCAUCCUCAGCCUUGACAAAUAAUGUUUUUAGCAUGUUUACACCACCAAUGCAAAUGAAUUCAACAUCAUUCCAGAAACCUGGUCGAUGGAAUACAAUGCAUGUAAGAAUAUCAUGGGAAAUAUUAAGACAACAAAAAGCCUCUCAAGGAGAUAAAUCGAAUACAAAUUCAUCUUCACCUUUAACAAUUACACCUUCAUCAAGAUCUUUUAAUUUAAAAUCUCCAACCAUUUUACCACCAAGUUCCUCAUCAGCAUCAUCUAUUUCAUUACCCACUUUGAGUAAAAAUAGUCAUUUACCUUAUGAUCUGAUUCGACCGCCAGCUACUAAUAUUUUUGGAGAUCUUAGACCAGGUCUUCAAACACCGCAAUCACAAUCACAGCAACAAAACCAACCUCAACCACAUCCGCAACCUCAACCUUUACAUCACCAACAAAAUCAAUCACAACCGUCAACACCUCAUUCACGAUCACUAGAGAUCUCAUCAUUUUCAGCAUCAUUAAUGAAUGCUGCUUCUGGUGGACUCAAUUCAACUCCAUGGAAUCAUAGGUCACCAUUUGGUCCAGUAUCUUUAGCUAGUGGCCAUCUUCCCUAUCCAUCUUUGCAAGCACCUUCUUCUUCUGCUUCUUCCUCUACUUCUAGUUCUAUACCACAAUCUUUAGCGUGUUCAUUGCCAUCUUCAAUGUCGACCUCUUCAACAUUUUCAGUUUCAACACCAUCAAUAACUGCACCGAUAUCGUCUUUAGGUAAAAUAAAUGGAAAUAAUGAUAUUUUAAGAUCUUCAAAUUCAAUUUUCGGUCUUCCACCUCGGCCUGGUGAAAUGACAUCCUUUUCAACAUCUCUUUAUAAUGCUGCAGUUGCUGCUGCUGGACAUGGACUCAAUAGACCAAAUUUAGAAGCAUGGAAUUCACCAUUUGCUCCUGGACCAGGAAUGUCUUCGAUUGCUGCACAUAAUUUUAUUCGUUCUAGUUUACCUGGUUUCCCUGGUUUUCCUCAUCCUCACCCUAAUCCACAUUCAUCUCACAAUAAUCUUGGAUUACCAGGUUCUGUGCCAACAUCAAUGUCUAAUAAUUUAUUUGCAAACCUUGCACCACCAAAAACACCACAUUCAUCAGCAUCUUCUAUAUCAUCAUCCAAUAUAGAUUCUUUAAUGAAUACACCUGGUCGUCCUGGUAGUUCAAUUUUUCCGCCAAUAGAACAUCUUCCUCCAAUAUCAUCUUCUUCUGGUUGUGGCUCUGUUCCUGGAUCUGGUUCUUCUUCUUCAUCUUCAACAUCAUGGGGAGGCCUUAAAGCUGAAGCUGAAAAAUCAGAAUCUGGUAAACAUAAAGAUGGGACAAGUCGAAAUAUUUCUUCACGUUCUAAAGAUGAAAUGCGAAGUGCUGCCCAUCAUCAACAACAACAUUACCAUCAUCAACAUCGUAGUAGUAGUAAUAAUAGUAAUAGCAGUAGUAGCAAUAAUAAUAGCAAAAUUGUUGGAUCAAAGCAUUCAUCAUCAUCAUCGAAUCAUAAUGGCGAUUAUGAAUCAUCUCAUCGCCGUGAACGAGAAAAAAGUUCAAACAGCCAAAAACGUGAACAUUCACGACCAUCCAGUGUUAGCAGUGUAUCAAGUGGUAAUAAAAUGAUGAAAACAAGUAGUAGUGCCUUUAAUGAUAAUAGAUCAUCUCACAUAAAUGAAUCAAAGGCUAAAGAUGAUCGUAAAGAAUCAAUGAAUAAUUAUAACAAAUAUUUUGAUCGAAGUCAUAAACAUUCAUCAAAUUCAAUUGACCAUUCACAUCGGGACCUCAAAUCUGCAAGCCUUCUAUCAAGCUCUAUUGGUGUCUUUAACAAUUCCAAUUCAGCAAUUCUGUUUUCUACCGCUUCUACAGCCUCUUUUAAUAAUAGUAUUAUGUCCAUUCCUACACCACCUGGACUGCCACCUUCAAUCACAUCAGGAAACAAUCAUUCAUCUGCAGCCUCUCUAGCAUCUAUGAAUCUUCAUGUGAACAAUGCAAUGGACCAUCGAGCUCGUUUAAUGGGCCUUUUUGGUCUUUCACAUGGACCACCACCUCCACCAUCAACACCAUCAUUAUGUCACUCUAUGCCACCUUCACCUCAUGGUUUACCUGGUCACUUAUCUCAUCCCAAUCCUGGAUCAGGAAUUCCUUCUGGACUUUCCCAUGAUUUUCCAAAAUCCUUUUGGAGUCCAUUUUUCCAGCCACAUCCAGGGUUCCAUGAAUUCCCUCCUAGAAAUGAUUUUUUAGAGCGAGAACAUUUGUUGCAACAGUAUAAUAUACUUAACUCUUCCGGUGGAGGAGCGCCAUUGACUGAAAAACUUGCCAAAGAAGGGCCACUUCAUGCGCUAUUGGAAAAAGAAUCUCGAGAUAAAGAAGCCGCAUUUGCCUCUGUAUUUGAUAAGAAUCGACUUGCUUCUUCUUCUGUUUCAACUUCAACUUCAUCCUCAACCUCAUCUUCAGUUAAUGCUCAUCAUCCACAUCUAAGACCCGGAGAUACAGGUUUAAUUGCGCCAAAUGCACCUUCACUAGCUUCACCUUACGGUGGUCCAAGCUCAUUAAGUCAUGGACCAGGUAAUUUAGGCUUAGGACAUGCACUGCCACCACCACCUCUACCACCUUUAUCGCAAUCUCAUCCACAUUCACACGCAUCUUCCUCUUACCAUCAUCAGCUACAACAACAUCACUUUAAUCAAACUUCACCAGGUCAAUCGACACCAUCUUCAUCAUCUGUUUUAAUGUUUCCUCCAAAUCCUUAUUUAAACAGUUUGCACUCACUCUCUGCCAGUGCUGGAUCAAAUGUCCGAACAGACCUCAACAGUCGUACCAAAUCAUUGUCAUCUUCAUCCUCACCCUCAUCUGCACCAUCAAUUAAACAGUAUCCUCAUCAUGGAGCAUCACAUUCACCCUCUCCAAUGUUUAUACCACCGUUAAACGGUCUAACUGGUCCACAUGGAUUCAUUCCACCACCAUUAGUUAAUAGUAAAUUAUCAACACUUGAUACCUCAUUUGAAGUAAAUUGUGUUAAUAGAUCAACAAUAUCAAUGUCUAAUCCAUCAACACCAGCAAGUGGAAUUAGUUUAGCUGACCUUAAAGAAUCUAAAUCAAGAUGAUGAACUUGUUAAUCAAAUUUAAUCUCGGUGGUGAUACUGAUUAUAGUUUUUCAUAUGGUAUCAUAUUGGUAUGAUUAAUAUAAAUUAUUUAUGAUCAAUUUUUACACUGUCAAGAUAAUAGUAAUUAGCCUUUGAAAAAAAAACCUAACACUCACAGACCUAACUUUAGACUCUUUUUUUUGUACACCAAAAAUGCUUUUGUCCAAUCAAAGAUUCCAUUGAACAAAGCAUAUUUCAUUAUUUUUACGUUCAGAGUAAAACUUAAAUUUUAAACAAUUAAUCAACAAUGUACCAUGAAAAUCUAGUUGACAAUCUUUUGAUUGAUUUCUUGAAACAUUACCUUUCAACUUAGAUGAUAGCUUUAGCAAACAGCCGUUUGAUCACAAUGUGCGUUUUUUAAGUCUCACAGGAUUGCUCUGAAAAAAGCCUAAUACUAUUGCUAUUACUAUUAACAUUAUUACUUUUAUUUAUUAUUAAUUGUUAUUGUAAAUAAUAUAAAAAAAGCGCAACUUUGUAAACUUGAAAUGUGAAGAAGCAUGAAAUGUUUAACUAAAGAUGAAGGCAAAGUAAGGACAAAAGACACAAAUCGUUUGGAUAUUGAUUAGGAACCAAUGAUGAGGAAAAAGAAACAAGCAAUCAAAUUAACUGUGAAAUCAAAGAGUUGUAAAAAAAUGCAAUUCAAAGACAAUGUAUUUAAAUUAACUUGAAAUUGUAUCAUGAAAGGAUGAAAAAAGCUUGGCAUUUUCAGAUCCUUUCUCUUUUUGAUUACUAUUUAUCAACUGCAACUUUGUACUCAACCCAUCACACACACACAAUUGAACAAAUCCUUUCCACCUAUUUAUUACUGUAUAUUAACAUUUGACCCCUUCAAGUCCCUAUUUACCUAUUUAAUGAUCCCGGUGAUUGUAAUUUAAACCUUUCCCUUAAUCACUCCAAAACACCUUUUUUUGGCCAUUGUAUUACUUGAUUUUCAUCCCCAUGUAUGUUCAAUAUUAACCCUCGCAUUUGCAAACCGAUACUGUAAUUUUAUCCCAAAAAACUGAAACUCUCACACAAUGUUGGCAACUAUUAAUAUAUCAUCAAGACAUCUUAAAA